CAAGAAUUCAUCUGUCAAUAAUAUGUAUGUUCAAAACUUGGUCAUUGAGGUCCAAGAUUCUGAGCCAAAGAAAGAGAAAGAAAAGGUGACUAAAGAACAUCCUAUAUGGAUGUCACAAAGUACUGUAGAGGGAGCAUCUUCAAAUACUACUGACACCAAUGUUGAAAUGGAUGACACUGUCAAAGAAGUGGUUACUGAUAAUGAAGUAAUAAGGACUCUUCUCAUCCAUGAAUCGAAGUCUUCCUCUGGCACAGGGCAUGCCCCUCUUCUUGCCCAAAAAAAGCUGCAUGAGUCAGAAAGUGAAACCAGUGAAUCAGAGGAGGAGUCCAAACAUGCAAAACCUGUGGUAGUGAAAGCAGCAGGGAGUGACUUAGAACAAGACGAGCAGGAAACACUGGAUCCUACAAUAAUGGUGGCUGGACAGCCCCACUUAUACAGUGAAAUUAAUGACAAUCCAGAGCUAGUGACACGUAUGUCAGACAAAGAGAGAGAAUCUUAUAUUAAGGUGGGACAAGAAAUGUUCCAAUCUGUCUUUGAGUAAAGGCAUUUAUUUAAAAAGCAGCUAUACUGCACGUGUAAGUUCAGAUGUGCUAUGUGAAGUUCAUUUUCGUAAUUUAGCACCCAGCAGUAGCUGGGUGAAACAAAUGUAGAGUUCAGGAUAUCCUUGUCCAUGGCGGUGAUGCUGUCUAAAUCUGGUCAUUGGAGAGCUUUCUAUUUAAAUUUUGCUCCACAGCAACAAAGUGAAAAUGUUGCAGACACUCUAGAUUAAAAGUAAGGUUAAUUAAAUAGUUUUCAUGUUUCCUGUUUGUGAAACAGUCCUAAAUUUUGUUUAAUAUGCCUGGUAUUGUAGUGAAAAGACUAAGUAAUUCAAUUCCUUAAGAAGCAGGAUCAAUAAAUAAGUUACAACAGGACCCAAUUUCUUGACUGCUGAAUUAAAUGCCUAAAACCAAGGGUUUGUCAGAUCCAAAAUAGUAAAAGGAUCUAACAGGUAAUAGUCCAUCUCCUCACCAAAGCAAUGUUAGAUUAAUUUCCCUUUACUAAUAAGUGAGUUAACUCAUCCCUGCUGUAACUUCAGUGCCAAUGUAGUCAACAAUCCUUCUGGACUGGAUGCUACUACUGCAGUAGAGUAUUCCAGACAGACAAGUCAAAGUGCUGUCCUUGCAACAAAUCCCUGCUCCCAGAUUUUUCAAGAGCAGGGUUUCCCAACCUAUAGGUUGCCAUUACAUUUCAAAAGGGUCACCAAGUGUCUUCCCAGGUGGCUCUGUUCCUCCUCCUCCCCCCAUUUUUUGAAUUGUCUUGGGGAUCCAUUUUGACAAUUCAGGAAGACUUGGUAACCCAUCUGAAAAAGGUUGGGAACUGCUGUUCUAGAGUUAUUACUAAUGCUUAAAAUCAAAACAAUGAACAGUCAGAACAGCUUGAUAAUUUUAAAAUUGUCUGGAUUAGCAAAAAUGGCCCUCCCCACAUACCCACACAGCUGAAAUCUUACCAAGUACUCUAAGUGAUCACUUUUGGGAUGAGAAGGAACUAAAAUCUGGUGGUUGUUGUUAGUCUAAGGUGCUGCAGGACAUUUUUUGUUUUUUCGGUUAGACUUACAUGGCUACCUCAGACUUGCAGGGUAAAGUGUGAGCUGAGGUCCCAGAAGAGAGGUUCAUGCAUAGGAAACCACAGAAUUAAUGCAGUCCAAGGCUCCAAGUGCUCAUUGCCAUCACCUAAUUGGACUUCCUGUUCAAAACAGGCAAGAGAAUUCACCCCAAAGUAUUCCUAAAGCAUAGCUGGAGGGGGAAGAUGGGUGUGGAAAUCCAACAUGAUUUUAAAAGAUUGGGAUGUUAAGAAGCAGGUAGCUUGCUAAUUGUGUAGUUGAGGUGGGAAGGCAGUUAAAGCACCCAGUCCUGGCUUGUGGUCCAGGGUCCAGAACUACCCUGGUGUAGUUCUGCAUUUAAAUUGUAUUAGGAGUUGGGUGGAAAGGCAGCUUGGUUCAGUCCUGGCACUACCUGACAUUAGGGUAGCUUCCAGACCUGGUAUGUACCAAGACAGAGCAGAGCUGCAUGCUGCUAAACAAUUUACUGGCAGGGGAGGGGAGGGGAGAAAUGCAUGUAGUUAACUGAUAAGCAAAAGCUUAUUGGCUAAUGUCAAUUGACUACACUAUUACAUCCCUGGAUAGACUCCAUCAGACUCAGUUUACAAGGGAUCAAUUACUCCCACUGUUCACUUUUUAUUUCUAGUCUGAAAUUGUCCAGCUUCAACUUCCAGCCCUUUUGUCUACUAGAUUGAAUAGCUAAUUAUUGACUUGUUUUCUUGUAGAUAGAGACUGUAAUGAAGUCAUACAUUAGUCUUUUUAAACUAGAGUUCUUUGAAUCUAGUCACAAUUAGGCAUGUUUCUAAACCUUUUGUUUUGUGAACCUUCUUCAGUUUAUCAACAUCCUUUAUGAAUUAUGAGCAACAGAACAUGACGGGUAUUCAAACAGAGGCUGCCCUGGUGCUAGAUACAGGGGAAGAACUUUUGCUUAAGAUCCACCUCCUCUUUAUGCAGCCCAGAAGUUAGUUCUUUUGGCUAGUUGUCACAUGUUUGGGUGAGUUCAUGUUCAGUUGAUUAUACACCAUGACCCCUAAAUCUUUUUAGUUUGCUUCCUGGAAUAGACCCCUCACCCUAGCAAGUAUAUAUUGUCUGCUUGUUCCUGGAUUUAUGUUUACAUUUUAGCUAUAUUAAAACAGACCUUGCUUACCAAGUGAUCACUUUGCCUAUCAAGGCUAUGGAAGAAACACAUCACAGGAAAUAUUUCCGGUUAAGUUGACAAUGUAACAUUUUUACAUUCAAGAAUGGAUUCCGACAGGAUCCCUAUUAAAAACAUUUACUCAGGCUGUGAAAUGUAAACAUGACUGUGUUAAUUUUCUAGCAUUCUAGUUUUUUAAAUCAAUAGUGUGCUGUUAGUGCAUGAAAGCUUCAGGCUACAUUGGUGACUCAGAGGUAAAGCUUAGAUUGUUUUAAAAUAAUAAGUACAUGCAGAUUUAUCAAGUUACAAAACAGAACUAAGUAGAAUGCAUCAUCAAGUAGUGGUGGGAAGUAUUGUAAUACACCUUUGGUCCCUAAAGAGCUCUUGGCCAAUUACUUUUGAUACAAUUUUUGAUUUGUUCUAAGCCAGUGGCCCCCAAUCUUUUGGCACCACAUGCCUAAAGGCGGGGCUGUAUACGUGCUGUGCGCCAGCCCUGGACACACGGCAGGCCCUGUGUUGGGGACCACGGCUCUAAGCACUAGCUGUCGUUCAAAGGCCUUUAAUUUCCUUGUACCAUUUUCCCCUAGUCUUGUGUUCAGUGAUAAGCCAGUGUUUUAGGGGCUUUAAAAGUCCACUUUCUCCUGCAAUCCUGUUUAAAGUACCAUACUGGUAUUUGAUUGUAUAAGUUAAUGUAACUUCACUAGGAUAAGUUCACUAGUUAGAAAAGUGAAGCAUUCUCACAAACACUUUCCGCUUGACUGACAACAGACAAGCAACUCUAUUCCUCCAUAGAUCUAUCUACUUGCUCACUCUAUUUAACAAAAGGCAAUAGCUCUAAAGCAGGAUUGUCUUUCACAACAUCAGUUGUUCUGAACACUUGUCAAAAUGGGGGAGUACAAAGAUAUAGAAGUGGUAUCUAGAUCUGUCCACAGAACAUACUGUAGCAAUUGACCUUAAAUAAUUGUCCUUGUAGAAUUACAAGUUGGAAGCCCUCAAUGUAACUUAAGUGAAACAAACAAAAUACAGGACUAUGUAGUACUUUAAAGACUAACAAGAUAGUUUAUUAGAU